AUGUUGGCUGUUCACCUGGUUUCCUUUUUCUUCUCCAAACUCCAGGAGAACCCCACGAAAAAGGUGGACCGAUUCCUGCAUAAAAUGCGUCUGAACGACGAGCAGUUAAACGACAUCUCAGCUCGCUUCCAGGCUGAAAUGAAGAAGGGUCUUUCGGCUGAGAGUAAUGCGGCUGCGGCGGUGAAGAUGCUGCCCACACAUGUCCGCUCCACUCCUGAUGGAACAGAGAAAGGACAGUUUCUGGCUCUGGAUCUGGGAGGCUCAAAGUUUAAGGUUCUCCAAAUUAAAGUAAGAGAAGACCAGGGGAUUAGAAAGGGAGGGGUGGAGAUAGAGGAGAAGACCUACCCAAUACCGAACGAGGUGCUGAAUGGAAGAGGAACAGAGUUAUUUGACCACGUCUCAGAGUCUCUGAAAGACUUCAUGCAUGAGAAGAACAUCAACCCGAAGAAGAAACAUCCUCUGGCUUUUACGUUUUCUUUUCCCUGUGAGCAGCCCACUUUGGAUCAGGGAUUCUUAUUAGAAUGGACCAAGGACUUCAGUGUUCGUGGUCUACAGGGGAAAGAUGUGGUGGACUCCCUCCGGCAGGCGAUUAAAAGAACAGGGGGUAUGGACAUGGAAAUCUUAGCCAUGGUCAACGACACUGUGGCCACCAUGAUGACCUGUGGCUUCGAUGACAAGAACUGUGAAGUGGGAGUGAUCAUCGGCUCUGGCACCAAUGCGUGCUACAUGGAGCAGCUGAAUCACGUUGACCUUGUGGAGGGAGACGAGGGCCAAAUGUGUGUGAGCACCGAAUGGGGAGCCCUCGGAGACGAUGGGACACUGGAUGAUUACAUAACAGAGUUUGACAGAGAGGUGGAUGCCUGCUCCAUCAACCCUGGAAAACAAAUCUUCGAGAAGAUGGUAAGCGGGAUGUAUCUGGGUGAGCUGGUCCGGCUGGUUGUCUUAAAGAUGGCUAAACUGGGAUUAUUGUUUGAUGGACGUGUGACUAAUGCGCUGAGGACCAAAGGGACGAUCACCACUGCACAUGUGGCGGCCAUGGAGGAAUACAAAAAUUGCCUGGGCCAUACCAGAGAGAUACUGGAGUCUCUGAACCUGUCUCCAUCAGCUGACGACUGCAUCGCUGUUCAACACAUCAGCACCAUCGUGUCCUUCAGGUCCUCAAACCUGGUGGCUGCAGGCCUGGCUGCCAUCCUCACCCGAAUACAGAAAAACCGUAACACCAGAGAGCUGAGGAUCACUAUCGGUGUGGAUGGAACUGUGUACAAGACACACCCACAGUAUCCCAAACGUCUCCAUAAAGUGGUGCGGCGGCUGCUUCCUGAGUGCCAUGUCAGAUUUGUCCUGUCAGAGAGCGGCAGCAGCAAAGGUGCAGCCCUGGUGUCAGCCGUCGCUCAGCGCCUGGCCUCCAGGAAGCGACAGGUGGAUGAGACUCUGAACUCCUUCAAACUGAGCUGGGAGCAGCUGCAGCUGGUCAAGGCCAGGAUGAGGGCAGCGCUGCAGGCGGGCCUGAAGACCGACGGUCCCUCUGAAGUCAAGAUGCUGCCCUCGUUUGUGUAUCGCACACCUGAUGGCUCAGAGCAUGGGAAAUACCUGGCUUUAGACUUGGGAGGAACCAACUUCAGAGCCAUGCUGGUGAAUUUUAAAAAAGGCCUGCAGCAAAACACAAAACUGUACCACAAAAUCUACAAAAUACCUCUGGAGAUAAUGCAGGGAACUGGAGAGGAGUUGUUUGACUACUUGGCACAGUGUGUUGGCGACUUCCUGGACUACAUGGGGAUGAAGAACACUCGUCUUCCGGCAGGCUUCACCUUCUCGUUCCCCUGUGAGCAGACGGCUCUCGAUACAGCCACUUUGUUGAGCUGGACCAAAGGCUUCAAGGCCACAAACUGUGAAGGACACGACGUUGUCGACAUGCUUCGGGAGGCCAUCAAGAGACGCGAUGAGUUUGACUUGGACAUUGUGGCGUUGGUCAAUGACACUGUCGGCACGCUGAUGAGCUGCGCCUAUGAAGACCCGCAGUGCCAGGUCGCACUGAUCGCUGGAACUGGCUCAAACGUUUGUUACAUGGAAGAAGUGAAGAACAUUGAAAAGUCCAAAGAAUAUAUGAGAAAACCAAAUGGAGUUCAGGACUUGCGUGACGGAGAUGAGAAAAAGGUUAAAGGUGGAAACGGGCAACACAGUGAUGCUGACUUUUCAAAGAUGUGUAUAAACACAGAAUGGGGCGGACUCGGGGACGAUGGCACUCUGGACGAUAUCAUGACAAGUGACGACACCGAGGUGGACCAAAACUCCAUCAACCCUGGAAAACAAAGGUUUGAAAAGCUGACCAGUGGGAUGUAUUUAGGUGAAAUUGUCCGUCGGGUAUUGCUGAAUCUGACCAUAAGAGGUUUGCUGUUCAAAGGAUACGUCAGUGAAGCUCUGAAAACACCUGGAAUAUUUGAGACCAAAUAUCUGUCUCAGAUAGAGAGCGACCGCCUGGCCCUCCUGCAGGUCAGAUCAAUCCUGCAGCAUAUGGGACUCGAAGGCACCUGCGUUGAUAUCAUCACUGUCAAAGAGGUAUGUGGAGCAAUAUCGCGCCGUGCAGCUCAGCUGUGUGGGGCAGGAAUGGCGGCAGUCGUCGAUAAGAUCCGAGAGAACCGAGGACUGGACCGUCUGAACAUCACUGUCGGGGUAGAUGGGACGCUCUACAAAUUACAUCCCCAUUUCUCUCGAAUCCUCCAGGAGACGACCCGAGCUCUGGCUCCUCAGUGUGACGUGACCUUCCUGCCAUCAGAGGAAGGCAGCGGGAAAGGUGCUGCGCUCAUCGCAGCCCUGGCCAAGCACAUGCAGUAG